AUGUUGCUCGACGAGGAUCCUGCGACGCUCAUCCACCACACUAUCGGCAAUUUCAACAUCCAUCCGGAUAAGCAAGCCGUAACGCGCAUUAAUGACUCCCUCGCAACCCUCCAACAGUCACGCGACCUACGCAUUCGCGAGGCAGAAUCCUCUUUGCGUAAACUCUCACGCAAUUUACACUCACUGAAUACUCACCAUGAAGAGGCCAUUGCCGUCCAUGACUCGGGUAAACACGCCGCCGAGAUUGUCGAGCUUGACACAAAGAAAUUCCGCAUUGCAAAGGCCGCCUCAGAGCUCGAAAUUGAGAGCGAGCGCCUCGAAAGUGAGCUCGAAAUGCUUAAGGAGAGACUGGCAGAUCUAGAGGCGCAAGGUCUGGAAGGUGACGAGGCUACGCGUCGGGAACGUGAGAUGGAUGAUGCGACGAUUCUACGACUAAAGAUCUUCCGCUCGCUCGGCAUCGAUAUCGAACCUGACGAGGCGGGCAAUUUCAACCGUGCUGUGAUUCGUAAUAGUCGCAAGGGCGAUGUGCAUGUCGUCAAUAUCGACCCGAAGUUCUCGAGGUUCUUCUACUCGAACUACUUCUGGCAGACAGUGCAAGGAUAA